GAAAAAUUUCUCAGCAGCUGGUAAAAAAAUCUGUUGGGUAAUAGGUGCAUGGCUACUUGUAGAAUUUUAACUUGGUUGCAGUUUGUUACUAUGUUACAGAAGAUCAAAAGUUAAAUAUUAUUUCUCAAGAUCUUCUGGUGUACAUAUCACAUCUCGAGGAAUGUUUUAACCACAUGGAGGAAUCAGAGGAGAAAAUAAUUGUGCAGGAAUGGUUAAAUAUGAUCCUCGAACAUUUAAACAAUGGUUUGGACGAGGCUCGUAUCCGGAACAUGGCACUGAGUCAAAUGCUGAUGGACAUUGAAUGCAACAAACUGCGGACUCCAUUCAACGAGAGGCCGUCCUGUCGUGCUUACAAGGAACUUGUCGACUGGUUGAAGUCAGUGUUAAAUCAACACUCGUCUUUGGUGAAAGGAGAUGUUGAAUUGGAUGAAGAGCCUGUGCCCGAGAACCGUGACAUGGAAGUUACCGAAUUCGAAAAUUUGAUUUCUUCUGACAAUCGAACCUACGUAGCUAUCCGAACUUUACCGAACAGCGGUGGUGUGUUUGGCUACAUAGCUAUUACAAUGGGCGAUGGGAUUGAUCCACAAUGGCUAGACUGCAAUGGCGAUCCGAUAUGUACACCGGAGCCAUUUAAUUUGCACGUGGAACAAGUUAAGUCAGAUGUCCCAUUAGAAUGUCUGGCGUAUGAUGAGACGGACGCCAAACAGGUGUGGGCCGUUUUGAAAAACAGGAGAUCAAUAUGUCUAAGAAACGAAUUUUAUGAUUUUUACAAAACGCUCUACGAAACCGUCCAACAAGAAAUGGUGGCUGAAGCGAGCACAUGUGUACCCCGAAAAUGUUCACAUCCGUUCAUCAAUAAGUUACUUGAAUUCCUAGUGGUCGACUUGAAAGCUAUUGGUGUUUCUGAUCUCCAAAUAUUUAACAGAAUCAAGAUGCUUUCCAUAUUGAAAAAGCAAAUCAAAUCCGUAAUAUGUGAAAUAGAGAAACGGACUGACAACCUGGAAACAGCGAUGAAGUAUUCAACAAUUUCACCAAUGGAUCCAUUGCCAACGAAAUGUUGUUAUGACUUUAUAUCUUCCGCUCUUUGGAAUGAGUUACACCAACAACGACCUGGCACUAAAUAUAUAAAUAUACUGUCAUAUCAAUAUCCUCAAUAUUUUUUACCGAAAUAUUUUUCGGUUUUAAUGAACCAAAAGAAAAAAGUAUUGAGCAAUAUCUCUCGUAAAUAUUGCAAGAUAUUAGAUGAAAUGUUUGAAGAUUUGGGAAAUUCUAUUAUGUCAAACAUGAUGAAGUACAAAGAAGCACAUUGGGAAUGGCAUGUAGCCCAAGAAGUUAUCGAUGCUUACAACAAAGAAAAGGCUUUUAAAGACAGUUUGUGUGCGGUUGAAAGUUCUGUUGAUGAAUCGACAGAAUCAUUCAUAACUGUUAUUUUAAACGAGAUAAACAUGUCACAGCAAAAAUUAAAAUCAACAAUAAAAAAGAAUAAUCAAUUGGCAGACCAAUUAGCCGAACUGAGAAAUGAAAUAUUGGACAAGGAACGAAAAUACAGACAAGUGCUGGUCCAAAUCGAAGAACAAAUGGAUAGAUUGAAAAAACAAAUAAACAUCGAAAAACGGGAUAUAAUGACAAGAGAAAAUACUAUUGCAGAACUUCAAAGAAAACGCAAAGAACUAUUAAAAUAAACACACAGUUAAUAGUUCUCUUUGAAGCUCCGCAAUAACAUUUACUAUCCAGUCAUUAAACGCGUUUUUCGAUGUUGAUUUGUCUUUUUCUAUAUACUUAUAGUAUAUGUGAUUCUAUUCAGAUUAA